GCUCCUUCACAAGUUCAGCUUAUUUACGCGUGAUGAGAUGAUGAUUUUGUUUGCGAUAUAAAGAGCACAUUUAUCAUUUGAACUAAAAUGAUAACUAAUUGAGUUUGUCCUAACGUCAGUUUGAGUGCACGUAUGCAACUAUUUGAAUGCGGCUACUGGAUAUUGCCGUCUUGACCGUCAGAAUUAUAUAAAUGGUUAUUUUAAGCAUAACGAAUGAGUUUGUUUCAAAACCAAAGGGAACAAUUUCUCGGCUGUACUGAAAAAAACUGACCUUUUAAAUUUGACAAUCGUUGAACCUUGGACUACAUCGAAACAUAGGCUCAUAUGAGAGAGACCACAGUCAACAAUGUCAAAGACAAAGAAAUCACACUCCAGGUCUCGCUCGGCAUCCAGAUCCAGAUCCCAUUCUGAUUCUCGCUCCCGCUCCAGAUCAAAAAGCAGCUCCCGAUCUAGAUCCAGAAAGCGCAGAUAUGAGUCUAGGUCUCACUCUCGGUCCAGAUCCCAUUCCCCGUUCCACAACCGUAAGCGGAACCACAUACGGGAGUACCAGAACCAACACGAGUUUCGAGGUAACCACAGGGGCUUCCGGAGGCCAUAUUACUUCCGGGGCAGAGGUCAGGGCUUUUUCCGUGGCCGCUUUCAGCGUGGAGGAAGGGGUGGAUAUAACAACUACCGACCCAAAAACUGGCAGAACUUCCACCAGCACCCUCAGCAGCAGCAACAGCAGCAGUACCACCACCUCAAAAGCCCCAAGAGGGGGCGCUCUCGUUCACGCACUCCUAAGAAGCAAUCGAGCAGUCCUCUGUGUCGCAGUCAUUCCCGCCGCUCUGACAGAUCCUCCUCUGGGAAGUCGCCACUAUCACACCAUUCUUCCUCCUCCAACUCUGGGUCUGCCAAGCGCAGUUGCAGAGAUGUAAGAGAGGAUGUUUCUGCCCCCAAAGAUACUCAUGAUCAAGGAGAGGGAGAUGGGGCAUUGGCAGCGCAGGUGGGAGGCUCUUCUUUGGCUGAGGAGAAUGCUGAUGGAGGAAGGACUUCUGAGAACUGUCAGGUUUUAAAAAACCAUGACACCAGUCCUAAAAAGACAAGUCCACAGGUUUGCUCAUCUGUCAUUGUUGGUCAGGCAGACUGUGUGACCAUUGAGACCAGUCCUUCUCAUAAGAGCUCAAAUGCUUCUAAUAAUGGUGCCACCACCUGGCAGAAUGUUGCAACUGUACCUCCAACCAAGAGUCCCAUAAAGAAAACCCCAGUCUUCAAUGGUUUGGGGCUGUUUUCAAAUGUUGACCAACAAACAGAUGAUACAGUUGCCAUCUCUGCAGCAUUUUUGAAAUUCCUGGAGGAGCAAAAGACUAAAAAACAGGCCCCUGCGUGGGAGAAUAACACACAUAAAGAUAAAAGUAAUGGGGAAUUAGUGUGUGAUAAAGAGAGUAAUGGAGGAAUCUUUGAUAAUGGGUCUGGGAUUGGAUUGUCUCGCACUGCAGAUCAUAGAAACACAGGAGAGGAGAAGAAAUACAAAUUUGUGAAGAAAUGUGAGGGUAACAUGCCAUCCAUUAGUGGGACUCAAAGAGGUCCACAGAAUGGCCCACCAUUUCUGCAUGAAGAUGGUGAGGAGGAAGAUGAAGAAAUAGAGAUUUCUGAUAAGAUGAGAGGCAUGGAAAACAAUCCUGCCAAAAGCAAAAGCAAAGUCACACUGUCAGCUCGUGAAAUGUUUGAGGAGCGAAUCAGGAGGCUGCAGGACAUGGCUUGGGAUGAUGAGCUGGAAGCUCUUCUACUCUGCCAUAAACAGGAAAAAGCAGCAAAUAUCUUAUCCGCUCUCUCUAAGAGAGAUCAGCUCAGUGUCAUGUUCAAGGACCCAUCCUUUGAAAAGCUCUCAAAGGUGAAGCGAAAGGAGAAAAGCACAAUGAAUUACUCCUCAAAACCUGCAAUGCUGUCCAACAAAAUCUCUGAGAACCAUGAGCAAGAGAUGUUUGUGGUUAUGAGCGAGGAAUCCCCACCAAGGGCUGCAGCGAAAAGAGGAACCGAAUUCAGUGUGAGGAUGGAUUCUCUCAGCGAUGACCUGGCAAGGUCAUCUGUUUUGACUAAUGAAAGAAGGAAUCUUCUGGACUUUGUGCACCUUAAUAAAAAGGAUUGGGAGUUUCACUCUGUCCUUCAGCACCUUCAGGCUCAGCAGUCAACCAGGAGCCCAUCUGAGCUGUUUGCCCAGCACAUAGUUUCAAUUGUCCAUCACAUUAAAGCUCAGUAUUUUCCUUCCUCUGGAAUGACCCUACAUGACCGAUUUGCCGUGUACCAGAGAAGAGCUGCUGAAAAAGAAUUCAUGAAGCAGAGAAAGAGUCCAGAGAUACACAGGAGAAUUGAUGUUUCUCCCAGUGCUUUUAAGAGGCACUCUCUUCUGUCUGAUGAGAUGAAAAGCUCCAUGGAAAACAGCUUGAAGGUUGAUGGGAAAAAAUCAAAAGGUGAUUCAAUGGACCUUCGCCUGGAUAUUGAGCGCAGAAAGAAAUACUUAAGUGGAGAGAGUGAUCACAAAGAAGAAGAGUAUGAAGGAAGAGUAUCGAGGGAAUCUCCAGAGUGUUGCAAGGAAAUAUCCACUGAGAAAGCCUCAAAGCACCACAAAAAAAUGAAGAAAAACAAAAAGAAACGGGAGCGUUCUCAGUCAUCAUCCUCAUCUACAUCUUCAUCCUCCGUUUACCAUGAGGAAGAGGCUGUGAUCAAAGCAAAGGGCUCCAACAGGACCCGACUGGGGUUUAGAGAGUAUGGAGAGCCCUUGGAGAGAGGACAGGCACGGGGAGGCUUUCAGCUCAGAAUGCGUGGUAGAAGUUGGAAUAGAGUAAAUUACCAUGGAAAUAAUGGCAAUGAUGCACAGAUGAACAUGUCAGCGAAAAAUGAAGACUGGGCCACAGAAUACACUCCGCAGAGCAAUAAAUUCUUUCUGCACAGUGAAAAAGAUGGUGAAGGUCAGAGGAAGUUGGAGACCUGUGGACGUGGUCGGGGUAACAUUCUUCGCGCAAAGGGUCGUUUUAUCCUCAGGAGGGCCACCAAUGCCAACAACACAAAUAAUACAAGCCCCAAAUGGACCCAUGAUAAGUUCCAGGCCACUGAUGAUGAGGGUGAACAGCAAGGAGAGGAUGCAGAACAGGACCACAAAAAGAGGGACAGUGCAGGGGUCUCAGCCAGAAUGGAGCAGUGAAGAUGUUCACCUGAAUUUUAAGAAUACUAACAGAACAAUGAGAUAACUUUCGAAUCAGGCUUAAAAAAAUGUAUAGCCUUAACGCUGUCACCUAUUCACUUGGUGGAAUAGGUAUUGGAACAGAUAUGAAACCUGCAACCAUAAUGCACCCAAAACUAUUCAAUCGAAAGCCUUUUUUUGUAAAUGCUUUUUUUCAUUGUGUUACUUUUCACUCCUAUUUUCACAAGGAUGUUACUAUAUAUUUUGUCUGCUCGCAGUAUACUUAGUAUGAUGUGGUGAUUUAUGCAGAAAUUUAUUUUGAUAAAACAGGUAGAUGUAGAUUUUUCUAUCCUUGUUAUAUAUGUAAAUGCAAAUUUGCAUACCUACGCAUAAACAGAUAUUGACGUUCUAAACAAAAGUUUGAGAAUUUCAUUAAAGUUUCACCUAAUCUUGCCAGUCAUUACUGAGGGCAUAAGUGGUUGUUUAUUUUAAUCCUGCAACAAAUUUUCAGCUUGAGACCCUUCAUUGCAGUCAGCAAGUCAAAGUACUUUACGUUCUCUCACAAGACUGUUAGAACAUGCAAACUAAUGAAUGUUACGUUCUGCAUUUAUAUAUAGCUUACCUUUAGGUUUUGACGGAUUGGUGCCUUAGAGUUACCAUAGUGCCUUAAGAGUAGAAUACCAGUGUACAGCUGUUAUGACUGGACAUUAUUGCUGUGUGAAUUAAAUACAACUCUUUUAAUAGAUGUAUAUAUUAAUGUUUUUUGGACUUAUUUGAAACUCGGAAAUCCUGUGACCCUUGCGUGUCUGUCAAAAGAAAUAAAAGAUGAAGCAUGACUUGUAUGAAUAACCUUCGCUAUGGGACCAAACUGCAGCAGGUAGACAUUCAAGUCCCAGUGACUGACAUAUUGUGGGAAAAAAAUAUUUAGAUUCACUCAACUUUAAAACUGGACAAAAUCCAAUUUUACAAAGUUAAAAUUAUAUGUGUUUAGAAAUGUUUAGAUAACAAACUGCUAGCAAGUAGUGCCGCUUUCAUGGGGUUUUGGAUAGUAUGUUGUGUGCACGCCAUUUUAUUAUAGAGUUUUAUUUGUGUCUUGUCUAUAAAUGUAAUGCCUUUUUUCUAUAGGCUAUGCACCUUCUUUAGAUGGAAUAAUUAAUCUGCCACCUAGAUAUUUUAAUAAAAUUGUGAUACAAUGUUUUUGGAAUUAGUAUUGUGAAGAUUCAAAGUGAACUCAAGUAUAUAUUAUGGGGGGAAAAAAUGCAUAAUUUGCAUUCAUACUUAAAAUGGGAUUUACUUUUCUGGGUUCUCAUUAGCACUGCUUCCAAUAUACACAUCGUGACUUAGGUUUAUAUACAUACUUAAAAGCUGUAUAAAAAAAGAAUAAAAAAUGCAACAAUUUGCCAACUGUUUGAUUCCUCAUUGUGUCAUUAAGAGUGAUUGACCUUUUAAAAAAUGUCAGUUCUUAUGGAAAUGAUAGUUUAUAAUUUUUCAAAACCAUAAAAAUAGAAAAUGUAUUGGUAGUUGAUUAUAAUAUGAAGGAACCGUAUUUGAAUCAUCUCUAAAGACACUAUUAAAUUAGUAUUUCCCCUUUAAACUGGCCUAACAAGGUCUAAAUGAAUGCUUUUACAGUGUCAGUCCUACAAACAUCUUU